AUGCCUCCCAUUACUGCGACCCAGCGAGUUCUAGUUAACCAGUUCAUGGCUGUUACUGGCGUACCGGAGAAGAUUGCGCAAAAGCUCUUAAAAGCUUCCGCCUGGAAGAUUGAUCAGGCUACUGACAGCUAUUUUGCUUCUAAUGGAGCUGCCCCCAAUGACAAAGGAAAAGAAAAUCUAGAGAAAUUAUUUGGGAGCUACAGAGAAACUGGUGAUGAAGCAGAGAUAGUUGGCGUGAAUGGCACGAUGAAGUAUCUCACGGACCUUGGAGUCGACCUCGAAAAUGCAAGCAUGCUAGUUCCCCUAGAGAUAAUACAGGCGCCAGCACUCGGUGAGAUAACCAAAGAAGGAUUUGUGAAGGGAUGGAAGGCGAUCCGCGCGGAUACCCUGGCGAAACAAAAGGCACACGUGGCUUCACAAAUAAAUCAACUUGCCAGCGAUAAUGCCCUCUUCAAGCGAGUUUAUAGGCAUGUCUUUGUGUGUGCUAGGGAUAAGGGACAAAAGGCUCUACCGCUGGAGAAUGCAAUCACAUAUUGGGAAAUUCUUUUUGCUCCUCCUGGCAAGACAUUAGCUACCUCUUCAACCAACUGGGCUGAGCUAUGGAUCGAGUUCUUGAACGCUAAAUGGACCAAGAGCGUCAACAAAGAUAUGUGGAAUCAAACAUUGGAGUUCUUACAGAAAGCUACAGAAGACGAAUUAUUGAGCUUCUGGAGCGAGGACGGGGCAUGGCCAGGGGUUAUUGACGACUUCGUCGGGUACGUGAAGACGAAACGAGGUGCUGGGGAACGUAUGGAAACAGACUAG